AGGCCACGGUUCUGAAAUCUACGGACAGAGUGCGUCUGAGUAUAAACAGAGUGCAUUUUCCACCUCUGCGUGGUUCUGAAUUGAGACUUGAGAAGGGGACUUCCAGGAUAAACAGCAUGGCUCUUGAUCCAGAGCAUUCCACAUCUACAAUAGGAUGACCCGGGACGUGGGUCUAGAAGAUGAGCUUCCGGACUGGGCUGGAGCCAAAGAGUUCUACCAGAAAUAUGACCCUAAGGAUGUAAUUGGCAGGGGUGUCAGCAGUGUGGUCCGGCGCUGCAUACACAAGCAAACAGGCCAGGAGUAUGCAGUGAAGAUUAUUGAGGUUACUCCGGAACGCAUGACCCCACAGCAGCUCGAGGAAGUGCGCUUAUCGACAGGCAAAGAGAUUGAAAUCCUGCGCCAGGUCUCCGGACACCCCUACAUCAUUACUCUGAUAGAUUCCUAUGAGUCAUCUGCCUUCAUGUUCCUGGUGUUUGACUUGAUGAGACGCGGGGAGCUCUUUGACUACCUUACGGAGAAGGUGACCCUCAGCGAGAAGGAGACCAGGUGUAUCAUGCGAGCCCUCUUGGACGCCGUGAGCUACCUUCACGCCAAUAAUAUCAUCCAUCGAGAUCUCAAGCCCGAGAAUAUCCUCAUGGAUGACCAGCUGAACAUCAAACUCUCAGAUUUUGGCUUUUCCUGCCACUUGAAGCCAGGGGAGAAGCUGCGAGAGCUGUGUGGGACCCCUGGCUACCUGGCCCCAGAGAUCCUGAAAUGCUCCAUGGACGAGACCCACCCUGGUUAUGGAAAGGAAGUGGACCUUUGGGCCUGUGGAGUCAUCUUUUUCACCCUCUUGGCUGGCUCUCCUCCUUUCUGGCACCGUAAGCAGAUGCUGAUGCUUCGGAUGAUCAUGGAAGGGCGAUACCAGUUUGGCUCCCCUGAGUGGGAUGACCGGUCCGACACAGUCAAAGAUCUGAUCUCACGACUGCUGCAGGUGGAUCCAGAAGAACGGUUGACAGCUCAGCAGGCCCUGCAGCACCCCUUCUUCCAGCAGUACGGCGGCCGUAAACGCCGGCUCUUCAAUCCGCACCAUGCAUUCAGGGUUCUUGCAUGGACUGUGCGGGCCUCUAUCCGCAUUGUCUCCAACUACCGGCGGGUGCGGCCGGUCACAAAGGAGAUGCUCAUGUGCGACCCCUAUGUGCUCAAGGGGGUGCGCAAGUUGAUUGACGCAUGCGCCUUCCGCAUCUAUGGGCACUGGGUCAAGAAAGGUGAGCAGCAGAACCGGGCCGCCCUCUUUGAAAACGUCCCCAAGGCCAUCCAGCUUGUCUUGCUCAGCACAGAGGGGGAGGAAGCCCCUGCGUCUGCGGUGGACGACCCUCCCAACUAAACACCCGGUUGCUGCACCCUGUGCAACUGUGGAAUCACUGGGUCCCUGAACGAAGAAAGGAGGCAGGAGCCACUUCAAGAACUGUCCCACCACCUUCCAUCUCUUCUUGGGGGAACGGCAAGUACCUCCUGUGGGGAGGCAUCCUCAUCCUUGCAUGCGAAGAGGGGUCCAAUUUCCUGGGGAACAAGGACUUCUUUGCCUUCUGGAAAGAAUUCCUGAGUUUGUGGCUGUCGGAAACUAAGGGUCCCCUAACAUACCUUGGAAGGGCCCUGAGAUCUGAGUAGGGCAAGAAUACAGAGCAUCUGAAUUGUUAGAUGUGUCUGGAUUAGGGAGGCUUAUCUGUGUGUUGCCAGAAGAAGGACUUUUUGUCCUUGCAUCUCUUCCCACAGUAAGGAGACCUGCUACCUCUUGCCCCUCAAAGCAGCCAACUUCACUAUUGCUGAGGGAUCAAUCCUUGCAUAUAGCCAGUAUGGGUGGUCCAGGGAGGAAGGGGGUGGAUUGGGAUUGGAAAUUGCAGAGUUCCCUUUCCCUACUAGCAGGAAUUGGGCUCCACCCUUCUCUGUAGAUGAUAUUGUAUUUUAUUUUCCACCUGGUUGUGCCAUCUUUCCACAUCCGUGAUGUCACAAUUAGAAUAAAAUGGAAUGUGACCAAAACU